AUGGGUGAAAUGCCAGCAGGGCCUAACGCCUUCGUUGACACUGCAGAGACGGAUGGUGUGAUGACAGCGACAACCUUUGGAUUGAACAUAUUCUUUCCCAUCGGCAGCGUCUUUAGAUCAGUCGCCUUCGGACUCAACGCCAUGGAGAUAAGUUACUGGAAUAGUGCAAUCAUACCAGCCUCCCCAAUCUGUGCGUAUGGUGGACCAGUCCUGUUUUUGAUUGUUCAAGUCGCCGCGUUGUUCGGUAUUCCUGUGUGGUCGGAAAGUUCUUUGAUUGCAGACCCGGAAAAGUUACCAGGAUUCCCAAGUGACGAAGUAAGGACGGAAAAGGUCCAAAUCGAGAUCACAGCUGACACUCUGGGAGCCUUGCACCUCACAAAGCCCCUUGGACAGAAUGUCACGGACAAGGAUAUCUCUAUCGGGAUUGGUAAAGGCGAGUUACUGGCACCCAUUGGAUCUAGUGGCGCGGGCAAGUUGACGUCGAUCGACUUGAUCCGAGAAGAGCUGACGGAAGAUUACGGCAACGGAUAUCUCUACGAAGAGGACGCAAUGAGUGUCUCUGCACAGAGGCAUCUCGGCUCUUGCGCCAAGUACGAUGCCCUGGACUUGUUGAACACCAAAGAGUAUCUGAUUUUCUUCGCAAAGAUCGAGGGCGUCGAGAAUGUUCAGUGGAAUGUUGACAUAAUCAUGGCAAAGCUGGGCCUGUCACCGUUUGCCAACCGACCAUCCCCUAAGCUCUCGGGUGGGAACAAGCAAACAUUGAGUCUCGCCAUAGCAUUGAUGGUCCUUGUAUUGGACGAGCCGACGUCAGCCAUGGGCGCCGUGGCCAAGCAAGCGUUCUUGAAGAUCACCCGCCAAAUCUCCCCAGAUCGCUCAUUGUUGCUCAUCCCGCCGUUAUGUCGCGACGAAUUCUUGCCAUCGGCAACACAUGAAACCGCGUCUGAGAUACAGAAAUCUCUAUUGCAUUUGAAGACUUCCCAAAACAGCACUGUUGUUCACAGUCGCAGAGAAGACUUCCGUCAGUUCUUGGGUGCAUGA